AUGUCUCGAGUUGAUGCCAUCCCAGUUUCCGCAAAAUUGAGCCCAGAGGAAGCUGCUGCUUCGGUGUCAGGCUCUUCGCUCAAAGACAGAUCUAUCUUGAUUACUGGUGGAGCCCGGGGACUUGGUGCUGCAAUCGGUUUGGCAUAUGCAGAGAAAGGUGCCUAUGUCACCCUCGCAGACAUCAACGAAACUCUCGGAAAGGAUUACGUUGCGACACUCAAAGCAAAAGGCUUACACGUGCAAUUUAUCACCACCGAUGUAACAUCAUGGUCGUCCCAAGUGGCCGCUUUCAAGGCCGCCAUUGCCUUCUCCCUAACAAAAAACACUCUCGAUAUUGUCGUUGCUUCCGCUGGCGUCUUCGGCGACCCAUUCCUCGCCGCCGACGAAGCUCCCGUGACCCUCGAGAACGAUCCCCCGGCUCCAAACCUCGUGGCCUUGCAAGUCAACAGCAUUGGUGCUUUCUACACCGCGAAACUAGCCCAGCUGUACCUGAAAAUGCCGAGCUCAGCGCCAAAAUCGGAACCCCCGAGUCUUAUUCUCAUCGCGUCUUUGGCUGCAUACUUUGACAUCCCGCUGAUGAGCAGCUAUACCUCUUCCAAAUACGCCGUCCGUGGGCUUUUCCGAAGCAUCCGACCCCUCUUUGCUGACCGUGGGAUCCGGGUCAAUCUGAUCGCGCCGUGGAUUAUGGAAACUCCGCUGGUGGUUGAGUGGUUGAAGCUGUUUGAUGCCGUCGGCGCGCCGCAGGGAGAUUCGCGCCAGGUCGUUACGGCGGCGCUGAGGUUUGCGGAUGAUAAAACCGUCAAUGGCCGCGCUUUUGCGAUUGGACCUAAGCGAAUUCUGGACCUUGGUGACGACAUCGAGGGAGGGGAUGGAGGAGCGGUUAUGCACGGCUUCUACGAGACAGAGUUGCCCGGCUGGGAUAAGAUGGCGGAUGGGCUGAAGGGACUUAUGGGAAUUUGA